AUGGCUGCACCAGGGUCAGUUCAGAAAUCCGAGGAAGAAUGGCGCGCUGUUCUCUCCCCUGAACAGUUUAGGAUUCUACGCGAGAAGGGGACAGAGCCAAAAUUCACUGGGGAAUAUGACAAGGUUUUUGAAGAAGGGGUUUACAAUUGUGCUGGUUGUGGAACACCACUCUAUAAGUCAACUACCAAGUUCGACUCUGGAUGCGGUUGGCCUGCAUUCUAUGAGGGUCUGCCUGGAGCCAUAAACCGCUCUCCUGACCCCGAUGGGAGGAGAACUGAGAUCACAUGUGCAGCUUGUGAUGGUCACUUGGGCCAUGUUUUUAAAGGGGAGGGGCACAAGGUGCCGACCGAUGAACGCCAUUGUGUCAACAGCGUUUCGGUCAAGCUUGUUCCAGGGAAGUCUACACUCUGA